GAGUGUUCGUGAUCAUUAAUAACCUUUAAAAGCAAGUGUUUUUCUUUUACUUGCUCAAUUUUCAAAGUUAGUAAAAGAAGAGAAGAUGAGAGGAGAUAAUCUCCUAAUACUGAUCCUUUUCUUUGGGCACACUGCUGCCAAAAGUUAUUAUUUUAUCUCAACACCUGGAAUAUAUCAUGCUGGCGAAUAUGCAAGUAUAUUUGUCAACAUCGAUGAAAAAUUUCCAAACUCGGGUGUUACUGCUGUGUUGAAAGAUUUACAUGGGAAUGUUCUGUCGCAUGUUUCACAAUAUAUAUGGAAAAAUCAUGACGUGAUGCGCCUUUAUGUUCCCAUCUCAGUGAAAAGGAAAGUGAUACUGUCUAUAAAAUCCAAGAAUGGAGUAAAAUUUAAUCACGAAGAGAAGAUUACUGUUAAGACAUUGAAAGAUACAAUAUUUAUCCAAACUGAUAAACCCACAUAUAAACCUGGAGACAAAAUUCGUUUUAGAGUGGUUAUUGUUGACAAAAACUUAAAACCACCAUUUAGACAGGUUGGAUCAGAAGUGUACAUCACAAACGCAGGAGGAUCUCGAGUUAUGCAAUGGUCUAACGUAACAUGGGAUAAAGGUAUUAUGAGUCUUGAAAUGCCGAUAUCUGUAAAACCUGUUCUUGGAAAAUGGCAGAUCACAGCUACAUACGGGGCAACCAAAGCUACACAAGAUAUUAUGGUUAAAAAAUAUGUGCUUCCAAAAUUUGAAGUCAAAAUACAGUCACCGUCGUAUUUACUGUGGUCGAUGAAAGAAGUUCCAAUAACAAUAUGUGCUAAGUACACAUAUGGAAAAUCUGUUGUCGGAACAUUAAAAGCAACAACGUGUUUUUCAUCAAUUAUUCAUGGUCAAACAAGAUGCAUGGAAAUUUCAAAAUCUUUGCUUUUAUUUCCAAUCGAUGGAUGUCUUACCACCAUGGUUGCUGUGGACAGAGAUAGAAUCAAGAAAGCCAAUACGAAUCCUAUUGCUGUUACAGUCAAUGCCACUGUAGUAGAAAAUGGAAAUGGAAUAGCGCAAAACAGAAUACACACAACAAAAAAAUUUCUUACAAAUGAAAUAACAUUAAAGUUUGACGCACCCAAGUAUUAUAAACCAGGAUUUAUGUACAAAGUGAAGUUAUAUGCCACAACACCUGAUGGACGUCCAGCAUUGAACGAGAAGGUGAAAAUUAUUCUUACAUCAAAACGAGGGCAUGCUUUAAAAAGACAUGUACGGACGUAUGAACGACAUAUUACCAAUGGCGUUUACUCAUUCAAUGUCUAUCCAACUGAGAGUGCUGAUUCAUAUCACUAUGAAGCUAUCUAUCGUGAAAAAAAUGCAUUUUCACAAGGAAAACGCAAAAACUACAAGGUAUAUGGAAGCUCCGAAAGAAGGCUCUCACCCAGUUCAAACUAUAUUGAAAUUGCAAGAAUGAGAGAUCUCACAGCUGGCAAGACUGCAAAAAUUACUGUAGACAUUACAAAGCAUAGUGAAGUUCUUGGAAAGGACGUACAUUAUUUGCUAAUAUGCAGAGGUAAGAUCUUGUUGUCGGAUCGAAAGGUAGUUUACCACAAGCACGUGCAUAUUGAUUUUCUGGUCCAACAGGAGAUGUUACCUGUUUGUCGAAUGUUUGUGUAUUACAUCAGGAACGAUGGAGAGCUAGUCUCUGACUUCAAGAAAAUACAUUUUGAAAUGUCCUUCGAAAACAAAGUAUCACUGUCAUUUUCUGAUAACAAAAAAAAGCCUGGAGAGAAAGUAAAACUAACAUUAAAAGGAACUGCAGGAUCCAAAUUUGCUUUGUCUGCUGUCGAUAGAAGUGUCCAGUUAUUAGGUGCUGCUUCUGAUCUCAGAGAGAAACAGAUUGUGGAUAUAUUGAACGAACAAGAUGUUGAUGGCCAAAAAUUUCAAGUCAGAAAAAAAUGUGAUGUUUCUACACGUUACUGGGGUGAGGUCUUAUCACCUCCAACACUGAAGUUCGAUAGCAGGCUAGCCAUUGAGGAUGCUGGUUUAAUAUAUUUUAGUAAUGCGGAAGUUGAUUUGGCAGAUUGUCCCAUAAAAUAUAGGCUUAUAACAUUGGCCAGUGCACCUGGAAGAUCACUACGAAAAAAUCCGUUAUCGAGAAAGUACCUCAUGAAGGAGAGAAAGUACCUCAUGAAGGAGAGAAAGGUUGCUAAAGAGACUGAAAAGGUUGUCGCUAAAGUUAAGAAGACCAAAAAAGUCGUAAAGAUAAGAUCAAACUUUCCUGAAACAUGGUUAUGGUCAGACGAAACAAUUAAUUCUUCUGGUGAAAACGUACUUGAAGUGAAAGUCCCUGACACAAUCACGACAUGGUAUGCCAGUGGAUUUGCUAUGUCGACAAGAGCUGGUAUUGGCGUAGCCGCACCUGCUAGUAUCCAGGCUUUCCAACCGUUCUUUGUUUCACUAGCAUUACCAUAUUCUCUUAUUCGAGGAGAAACAGUUAAAGUUCCAACUACAGUGUUCAAUUACUUGGAUGAUUGUUUAGUGAUACAACUUAGUUUGGACACUUCGAAUGAUUUCGACAUUACAUCGGAAAGAUUUAAAAAAAUGUGCGUAUGCGGUAGUAAAUCGAACACUUUCAAAUUCAGCAUUAAACCAAAAACACUUGGGAAAAUUGAUAUCACUGUCAAAGCACUCUCCUUGCAGCCUGACAUUUUGAUAUGUGAUUCAAGCAACAAAAUGGCAGAGGAUGUAACUGCAGCAGAUGCGAUGACAAAGAAGUUACUUGUUGAAGCUAAAGGAAUAAAGAAAGAGUUUUCUACCAGUUCUUACUUCUGUCCUCGUGAUCAUUCUGGUUUAUAUUCUGAUACUUUAGUUGUAACAAUACCUCAGCCUGUUGUUCAAGGAUCAGUAUAUGCUGAGUUAGCAGUUGUGGGUGAUCUUUUGGGACCCAGCAUGGAUAAUUUGGACAAACUCCUGGCAAUGCCAUAUGGAUGUGGCGAGCAAAAUAUGUUGAAGUUUGCACCGAAUAUUUACAUUAUGGACUAUUUAACUGCAACCAACCAGUUGACUGAAAAAGUGGAAAGAAAAGCGAAAGAGUACAUGAGAUCAGGUUAUCAACGAGAGCUGACUUACAAGCAUUCAAACGGAGCGUAUUCAGCUUUUGGUGAAUUCGAUAAGGAAGGAAGCACCUGGCUGACUGCAUUUGUUCUGAGAUCGUUUUCUCAAGCAAAAAGAUAUAUUUUUAUUGACGACAAAGAUAUUGAAGAUAGCAAACGUUGGUUACUUUCCUUGCAAGAUUCGUCUGGUUGUUUUAAAGAAAGCGGAAUGAUCCAUCACAAAGAGAUGAAGGGUGGUGUGAGCAGCGGCAUAACAAUGACAGCUUUUGUGGUCAAUGCUCUUCUGGAAGCUGAAGUUCCACAUGAUGAUUUCAAAAUACAAAGCGCACUAGCGUGCAUAACGAAUGGAUUGGACAAGAUAUCUGAUCCAUACACUACAGCAUUGCUUUCAUAUACAUUGUCACUGGCUGGUAACACUAAAAGGUUUGAUAUGUUGAACAAGUUGGACAGUAUGUCAAGUCAAGCUGAUGGCAUGUUACAUUGGGAAGCGACAUCCGUAAAAGAUCACCGUUUGAGCUUCUGCUAUCAAGCCCCUUCCAAAGACAUCGAGAUGACAGCGUAUUCUUUGAUGGCUUACAUUGGUGGUCGAUCGCCGUUCAAGUCAAGAAUCGAACAUUUGAAAAUUGUAAAAUGGUUGGUGAAGCAGAGGAAUUCAUUUGGUGGAUUUGCAUCCACGCAGGACACCUGCGUUGGACUUCAAGCUCUAUCACGAUAUUCAGCUGGUGCUUUCGCAAACAUCUUCAACCUUACCAUUAUGGCAACAACUCAAACUGGUUUCACGAAAGAGUUUAGAGUUCGCAAUGAUAAUAAGUUGCUUCUACAAAGAGCUAAACUUCCAAAUAUACCAAGUAACGUUAGUUUACAAGCAACUGGUGAUGGAUGUACUCUAGUGCAGGCAAAUGUAAAAUACAAUAUACCUCUACCGAAGGAGAAGCCUUCGUUUUAUUUAAAUGUUACAGUUGAUAAAUUAAAAACAAUAAAUUGUGAACACAAGAUUAAAAUUUGUGGAAGCUACAUGAAAUCUGGAAAAUCCAAUAUGGCACUCAUUGAUGUAAACAUGGUGUCGGGAUUUGAGCCAAUCGUAAGCGAGUUGGAUAUGAUCAUGCAGUCAACCAGUGCACCAUUUUCAUAUUAUGAAUUCAAUGAUGGUGUUUUGUCUUUUUACUUUGAUGACUUGGACCAAUCAUCUACAUGUGUAACAUUCAAAGUUGAACAAGUAGCAGAAGUUGAAGGACGAAAACCGGCUGCCGUAAAGUUGUAUGAUUACUAUGACACUGACAAGUCAGCCACGACAAUGUACAACGUUGAGAGGUGUCCAGAAAUCAACGCAACAUAAAGAAACUAAUGACAGGACCCGAAAAAAACUUUUGACUGUUUAGUUUUGUUGCUAAGCACCUACGCAUUAUUGUUAACCAAUCAUUUUGUAUUAUUAUUAACCUAUCAUAUUAGUGACUAUUUUGUAGUGUUUUUGUGAGUGUAACAAGUUUGAGGUUUUAUAA